CAGGUUUCUGGGAAGCGGAAGAGAUGCUCAGGGAAACAUGGCCGCUGCAGUGCUGCUCUGUCUGCUGCUGUCAGCCGCCUGGAGUCCCUGGACAGUGAGCUCGGAGGAACAGGGUGAGGGGAACACGUUCCGGGAAGAGCUGCUCCUCACCCCGCUUAGAUCCGGAGACAUUGCAGCGACCUUUCAAUUCCGGACCCGCCUGGACUCAGACCUGCGGCAGGAGAGGGUCUCUCACUAUAGGCUAUUUCCAAAGGUGCUGGGGCAGGUUAUCUCUAAAUACUCCGUACAAGAAUUGCACCUAUCCUUUACUCAGGGCUUUUGGCGGACCAGAUCCUGGGGACAACCACUCUUGCAAGCGCCAGCUGGGGCCGAACUUUGGGUCUGGUUUCAGGACUCUGUUACAGAUGUCGAUAAAACCUGGAAGGAACUAAGUAACAUUCUCUCAGGAAUAUUCUGUGCAUCUCUGAAUUUCAUUGACUCCACCAAUACAGUUACUCCAACUGCGUCAUUCAAGCCCCUGGGGCUUGUCAAUGUGACAAACCAUAAUCUCCUGAGAUAUGCCACCUUACCGAGAGAGAUUGUAUGCACAGAAAAUCUUACGCCAUGGAAAAAACUGUUGCCUUGUGGCUCUAAGGCUGGCCUAGCUACCUUAUUAAAAGCAGAACGUUUGUAUUACAGCAGCUACCAUUCUCAAUCUGUGCACAUCCGACCAAUUUGCAGGAAUGCCGAUUGUUCUAAAGUUUCAUGGGAGUUACGCCAAGCUCUUACUGUGGUCUUCGAUAUGUACUCCACCGGAUUGGGGAAAAGAGAUUGGUCGCUCUUCAAGAUGUUCUCUCGUACAAUAACGGAGCCGUGUCCUCUUGCAACACAGAGCAAAAUUUAUGUAGACCCCUCAGGCAGUGAGAAGGACAGCGAGCUCUUUGAUGUAUCUCCUCUAACACAACUGGAGAGUCAGGUUCCUGUCCAUGGAGAGAGAAAAUUAUACACCGUAUACAACCUGCUAGAACCAGGAGUUUUCAACACUUCUAGGAACCUAAACAUUGCUCUGAAGUGGAAGGGAGGAAUUUCUGAGUCAAGUCCUCCACAGCCCCCGGUUUUUCAUGCUGAACGUUAUGUGAGUGGUUAUGGACUACAGACAGGAGUUAUUAAUACCGUGGUGUAUAACAAUCACCCAUUUAGAGCUUUUCCUGUUAUGCUGUUGGAGACCGUGCCCUGGUACCUCCGUCUAUACAUUCACACGCUUACCAUCACCACCAAAGGCAAAGAGAACAAGCCAAGCUACAUUUAUUAUGAGCCAGCGAAGGACCGGCAACGUCCUCAUCUUCUUGAGAUGCUCAUACAGCUUCCUCCCAGUUCUGUUACCAAGAUCAGCAUUGAAUUUGAGCGUGCUCUGCUGAAGUGGACAGAGUACCCACCUGAUCCUAACCAUGGCUUCUACAUCAGUCCUUCGGUUUUGAGUGUUCUCAUCCCCAGUGCAGCCACUAUGAGAACAGAUGAAAUGGAGGAGAGUCCCCUCUUUACAACUUUGUUCCCAUCCUCCGAUGGAUCCAGUUACUUUAUGCGCCUCUACACUGAACCCCUGCUGGUGAAUUUACCCACCCCAGAUUUUAGUAUGCCAUACAAUGUAAUAUGUCUGACCUGCACAGUGGUGGCAGUGGGAUAUGGGUCCAUCUACAAUCUUCUUACGCGGACCUUUCAAGUUGAGGAUAGCAAAGGGGGAGGCUUGGUCAAGAAGCUUGCCAAUGUAAUACGCAGAAUUCGUGGUGUUCCUCCUUUGUGAUAAACCAUCCAAAUGCAUGAAAUAUGGAUGAAUAAACCUGUAAAAGGAACGUAAAAGUUGUUCCUCAUUGACCCAUAUUGGGAUUAAAAUUACCAUUCCAUCCCACCGGAGAAAGAAUCAAGUUAUUGGGUUAUAAACUACUCUCUCAAUUUCAACUAAAUGGCAGAGAACUUGUCAGAAUCUACCCCCAUCCCCUCCUGGUUUGGUGCUGGGUUGAGGUGAAAACAAGUCUUGAGCAGAAGAAUGUCUUGUGGAAAUGCACUAUAAACCAUUCGCACCACUCAGAAAUGUAAAACGAACAACAGUUUUAGAGGUGGAACUAAGCCUUCCUGGAUUCCCCUAUCCCUGUUUCUCGGUUGUCCAAUCCUGUGUGGACACAUUUCUAGGAAAAGGGAACUGAAUAGUUCUCAGGUGUCCUAAUAGAUUGCAGUUGAAUUGCUACACUCCUCUGAGAACAUUAGACCACAGUGAUGGCCUCUAUGUUGACUUUCAUAACCCUUCUAAUAAACACUU